AUGAGGCAGGAGGCGGCGACGACCGGCUCCUGCACCACGAAGAUCCUGAGCAUCCCCAUCACGCCCAUCGAUGCUGCUGCGGUUGCUCGUCGUCUUCGCCGAGAUGGGGACGGGAAUGGGGAUCGGCUGUGCGCGGUGCGCCUGUGCCGUCCUUCCGUCGACUCGGCGCGACCCCUGUCAGUGUCCGGCCCAUGGUCCCAGCGCGACACCGUCGUGGGCCGACCCAAGGGAAACUAUCGCGGUCUGAUCACUUUUGGCCCAACGGACCUGUGCCGUCUGCCAGCAGCCAACGCCAAAACCGCUCGGGAACCAGAUGAGGUGUGGGACCGUGAGAGGCUCGGCUACCUCUCCUGCAAAAUGGCUAUGGCAAUGGCUUCCUUCGUCGCCGCUUCGCACCACCACGGCAGCCACCUGGCCGCCGGCUUCCCCUUCUCCUCGCGAGCAGGCAGGAGCGUCGGCCGCAGCGGCGCCACCAUCUCCAUGAGAGCCCAGAAGAAGAAGAGCAAUAGUGACUCUGGGAGCAGUAGCGGAGGUGGGGACGGGCGGGCCAGCAGCGGGCGGCGAGUGUGGCGUCGUCGGAAACUGACCAAAGAAGAUGACAUGUUACGUUACAAGUUGGAUCGUAUCCCUUUCUUAGAAGAGAAAGUGAGAAAAGUAAGGGAGAAUGGGAAGAUCGUAUGCCUGGACAUUAAUCAGCUAAUGUUAUCUCAAGAGAAUAGAUUUGCAUUCACCAUGGAGGUGGCUGAAGAAGCUAAUGCCUAUCUUGAGAAGAACAGGCAUGAAUAUGGGUUGAAGAAGCCUAUACUGCAUGUUCUCAGUGACCGCAUGAAUGAAGCUGGGUUUUCUCGGCCUGAGGGUUACCUUUAUCCUUAUCCUAUCAAGCCUGGUCCUUAUUUCAUUAAAGAGGAAGGAAACUGA